AAUUACUUUUUUGACUAUUUUAUCUUUUCUGUAUCUUUGUAUCAAACAGAGAUGGAAGAGGUUGUGCAGUGGGCAGCCAAUGUAAUGGACCAUAAAACAGCAAUUGAAAAGAAAGAUCAGGGCCUAUGGAUACUGCAGAAGUCAUGAAUGCAGCAAGUCAAGGCAAACUGACUGUAAUAGACGUGUAUCUGGAUGAUGGUGGGAACCCUAAUGUCCACGAUGAGUUGAAGAGGACAGCGUUACACCGUGCCUCUCUAGAAGGACACACUGCAGUUGUCCAAAUGCUUUUAGAAAAAGGAGCCAAUAUCAACUUUGAAGACCAACUGGGCUCCAGUGCCAUUCACUGGGCCUGCAGAGGGGGAAGCCUGAAUGUUGUCAAAGCCCUUAAGGGCAUCAGGGCUGACCUGAAUGUUAGAGAUAAGUUGUACAGCACUCCUCUGCAUGUGGCCACAAGAACACUCCACAAGGCCAUUGUGGAGUACCUGCUGUCCUGUGGUGCCAAAAUCAACUCCAGGGAUAGGAUAGGGGACACAGCCCUGCAUGAUGCUGUGCGUCUCAACAGAUACAAUAUAUUGACUACCUGUAAGAAAUGA